AUGGCUUUACAUAAGGAAGCAGACCAAAGUGUGUCACCUUCAGUCUCUUCGGAAGACUCGAAGCAGGCCGAUGAGAAUUAUGACUUUUACAAGCGGCACCAAGGCCUCGAAUACACGCCAGAGGAGGCCAAAAAGGUCCUGCGCAAGAUCGACGUUGUACUGAUUCCGUUACUGUUUCUCAUCUACAUGCUCCAGUACUUGGACAAAAACAGUAUAAACUUUGCAUCCGUUUAUGGCCUGAAAACAGGAACGCACCUGAAAGGGCAACAAUAUUCAUGGCUGAGUUCCAUAUUCUAUUUCGGAUAUCUGAUCGCGCAAUAUCCAGCUGGACUGGCAUUGCAAAAGUUCCCAGUUGGCAAAUAUAUGGCAGUCACUACAUUAAUAUGGGGCGGUCUUUUGAUGACUACCCCCGCUUGCCACAACUUCGCCGGUAUCGCGAUUAACCGUUUCCUUCUUGGGGUCGUUGAGGCGGUCGUCACGCCAGGAUUCGUCCUCAUGAUGGGCAUGUGGUACACAACCGAGGAACAACCCUUGCGACUGGAGGCAUGGUACUGUACCAAUGGAAUUGCGACGAUGUUCGGAGGUUUGAUUGGAUAUGCCGUUGGCCACAUCACAACAGGCCUACCGCGAUGGAUGUAUGUCUUCUUGAUCUUUGGAGCUUUCUCGGUCGCAGUUGGAAUCGCCGCUCUGAUCUUCCUCCCUGAUCUUCCUUCCACUGCCAAAUUCCUCAAUGAGCGCGAGCGGGCUAUUGCCGUUGAGCGUGUGGCCAUCAACCGACAAGGUGUGAAAAGCAGCCAGUUCAAAUGGUAUCAAGUUAGACAGGCUGCGGUUGAUCCCAAGACCUGGCUCUUGUUCUUCAUGGCUGUUGGAGCGCAAGUCCCCAAUUCCGCACUCACCAGUUUUACCUCCAUUAUCGUUGGAACCUUCGGAUUUGAUACUUUGGGAACACAGUAUCUCCAGAUUCCUGGUGGCGCAGUCCAGUUCAUUACCCUACUUCUUGGUGGCUGGAUAGCAACCAAAUUCGAUGGCAAGUUCCAUUCACGAUUUGCCUGCAUGAUAUUCGCCUGCUGUGUUUGCAUCAUUGGCGCAGGUCUUCUGGUGGGACUUCCUGAUGAGAAUAAGUGGGGACGCUUGGUUGCACUCUGGCUUUGUUAUUUCCAGGGACUGGGCUUCAGUAUGACUUUGAUUAUUGUCAGUUCAAAUAUUGCGGGAUACACAAAGAAGCAGGUAACCGGUGCUCUUUUGUUCACUGGCUACUGUGUUGGCAACAUCAUUGGACCUCAGACUUUCAAGGACAGCGAGGCUCCCGGAUAUCACAGUGCCUACAUUGCGAUGCUCGUUGGGUACGUGGUCAAACUGCUUUGUAUCGUCGCAUUAUACGCAUACAUGUUCCUCGAGAACAAGCGCCGAGACCGUCAGGCUAUCGAGGGGCAGGAGGUCGAGACAGACGGCGUGGAAAAUGGAAUGCUGGACAAAACUGAAAUCGAGAACAAGGGCUUCAGAUAUGUUCUCUAG